UGACCUUCCUUUGGCUAGCACCGUACCCUGCACGGCCGCGCCGCGGGGCCCCCCCGCACCUCCCGGGCGCCCGGGUGUGAGCCCCGGGAGGAGCCCCGGCGCCGCAGUGCCCAGCCCAGCUCUUUGGACCGAGCUGUUAAUGGGUAACCGGGGCACGGGACCGGCAGCUGCGGGGCCGGCGGGGCUGGCGCCAGCAUUGGGCCAUCCCAGUGGCGUUUCCCAUAUGCACUAAAGCAAAGGAACUUCUGGAGAUGGAAGGAAACCAGAUAACCCUGGACAGCCUUGAGAAGGGCACAGAUAACCCAGUUUUCAGCUUUGAGGGAGAGAAGAGACAUGAUGAAGGUGGUGCUCCAUGCAGUGAGAACCAAGAGGAGAGAAGAGAAGGAAAAGGGAGAUUCUCCUCCUACUGCAGGAAGGCUCUGCAGCCGGUAUCAAAGGCAAAGCAUUUCUGCAAGGCUCAUGCCAAGAUCUUGAGAAGAGUUGUCCUGGGGCUCCUUGGAGUAGCCUACCUGUGCUACUUCAUUGCGGCCUGUUACCUCAGCUUCCAACGAGCCCUUGCUUUGGUGGUCAUGACUGCUGUGGUUGCCUUCUUCAUCUGCUGGGACAUCUUCAAGAAGCACUGUGGGGGAAAGGUUCUGCUGCUCCUCCGCCCUGUUGGGAAGUGCUUCCAAAAGUCCUGGCCAUGGCUGAAAUGGCUCCUGUGGGUGGCCCUCCUGGCAGGCCUGAUUGUGUGGCUGGCUUUGGACACUGGCAGAAACCCAGAGCAGCUCAUUUCAUUAGGCGGCUUCUGCUUUUUGGUGCUGUUCCUGUUUGCCUUCUCCAAGCACCAUGGUGCGGUGUCCUGGAGAGCCGUUUUCUGGGGCCUUGGUUUGGAGUUCUUACUCGGACUCUUUGUCCUCCGAACAACUCCCGGCACCCAAGCUUUCCAAUGGCUGGGAGACCAGAUCCAGUACUUCCUGGGCUACACCACAGCUGGCUCCAGCUUUGUCUUUGGGAACACACUCAUUCAAGAAGUCUUUGCCUUCCAGACCCUGCCCAUCAUUGUUUUCUUCAGCUGUGUGAUGUCCAUCCUCUACUACCUCGGUGUCAUGCAGUGGCUUAUUCUCAAGAUCUCCUGGCUGCUUCAAGUCUCAAUGGGCACCACUCCCACUGAGACUCUCAGUGUGGCAGGAAACAUUUUUGUGGGACAGACUGAAGCCCCGCUGCUCAUCCGCCCAUACCUCCCAGACAUGACCCUGUCAGAAAUCCAUGCUGUGAUGACCGGUGGCUUUUCCACCAUCGCAGGCAGCGUGAUGGGUGCCUACAUAUCCUUUGGGAUUGAUGCAGCAUCACUGAUCGCAGCUUCUGUAAUGGCUGCACCCUGUGCCCUCGCCAUGGCCAAACUCGUCUACCCUGAAGUGGAGGAGUCCAAGUUCAAGGGCAAAGCAAGCAUCCGCCUCUCCAGUGGGGAAGAGCAGAACAUCUUGGAAGCUGCUAGCAACGGGGCUGCCACCUCUGUGGGGCUCGUUGCCAACAUCGCAGCCAACCUCAUAGCCUUCUUGGCCGUGCUGGAGUUCAUCAACGCUGCCCUCCGCUGGUUCGGGGAGAUGGUAGACAUUGAGGGUCUGACUUUCCAGGUGAUCUGCUCCUACGUCCUCAUGCCUGUGGCCUUUCUCAUGGGGGCAGACUGGGCAGACUCACCGCUGGUGGCUGAACUCCUGGGGAUCAAGAUCUUCCUGAAUGAGUUUGUGGCGUACCAGCAGCUGGCCAAAUACAAGAAGAACCGUCUGAUGGGCCUGGAGGAGUGGGAUGGGAACCGGAAGCAGUGGAUAUCUGAGCGAGCUGAGAGCAUCACCACCUUUGCCCUCUGUGGAUUCGCCAACCUCAGCUCCAUUGGCAUCACUCUGGGAGGCCUGACUUCCAUGGUGCCCCAGCGCAAGGGUGACUUUGCCUCCGUGGUGCUACGGGCCCUGCUCACUGGCAUCUGCGUUUCCAUGCUCAAUGCCUGCCUGGCAGCACCACCAACUUCAGCUCGACCAGCUACACUAUGUACACCUGCUGUAAGCAGCUCUUUGCCAGCUCAGUGCUCCAGAAUGGGACUCUCUCCUUCACGGGAUCCUGGGAUGAGCAGGCAGAGAGCGUGAUCUGGCUCGGAGAGUGCUGUGUGUACUACAACCACACGUCCUGUGCAGGGACAAUCUAGAACUGGGGGAACGACAAGGCCUAUCCCCAGAGGUAGAAAAAACCCCAAGAGAAACCUGAGCAUUUGGUCUCCACUCCCGUGCUGACGAACAGCUGCGUGCACCUUGCAACCUGCAGCCUUAGCUGCUGGCCCAGGGGACGCAAGGGAGCAGCUCCCAAAUAAAUGAUGGCAACCCUUGUA